AUGGUCAUGGGACGGCAUUCGCACUCUGCUCGAGGCGUCGACACGCCGUCGUCAGACGCCUGGCGGACCGUCACACCUAGGGCUCCUCCCACCCACUGCGAAUGGACCUCGUUUGGUCCCGCAUCGCACUACGAGGAGGCGUCGGCGGCCGAAACCAUAACCUCGACGAGCGAGAAGUCGGGGGCAACGCCAGACACGAGCGAAAAGGAAGAUGCUCCAGACACGAGCGAAAAGGCAGACGCUCCAGACAAGAGCAAAAAUUUAGAGGCAACGCCAACGCCAGACACGAGCGAAAAAGCAGACGCUCCAGCCCCGUCACUACAUGCUGCUUCCGCCGAGGCCGGCCAACCGUCCCCCACCAAUGGGGAUACGGACGGGCAUGACAACACCACGUCCGGCACGAGCCUGGAGAUAACAGUCACACUCUAUACGAGCGAGAAGUCAGAGGCCACGCCCGACACGACUGAUGAGGAGGGAGGAGGAGACGCCACAACGCCCGACACAGGCGAGGACGAGAGAGAUACGCCACACCCUCCCCAGUAG